AUGCUGGUGUUGCUGGUGUGCGGCGGUUUGCUGUGGCCUGAGGCGGAGGCCCACGUUUCGUUGACGUUUCCACCGGCGCGGAAGUACGAUCUCGACUUUCUGGACAAUUCACGCACGAAACCGCCCUGCGGCAUGCCGAAAGGUUCGUUAAAAACGUCAUUCAUCGAGGGCAGCACGUUCAACGUCUCGUGGCACCUGGCGUAUCCACACCGGGGUGGCUUCCGGCUGGAGAUACUCGACGCACGGGACAAACCAGUGCUGAAUCUCACACCGAGCAGCAAGGAAAGGCGCUUCGUACGGGAUGACGCAACGGCCCAACAAUUUCAGGUCUCACUUCCGAGGAACUUCACCUGCCGGGAUUGCACGCUGCGGUUGGUGCGGCAAGCUGACGAAUGGGGUGGCAAUUAUCGGUUCUGGUCCUGUGCGGAUGUGGACGUAGUUCCGCGCCGAGAACAUCACGAAACGUGCUCGGGUCAUGGGAAGUUCAUUGCGCGGUGUAAAUGCGACCGGAAGUACUACGGGCCGAGGUGCGAAUUUUGGGACGAGUGUGUCUCGAAUCAGGAUUGCGGGAUUCAAGGAACCUGCGUGGAUCUUGGAGGUACUUCGCUGCCUCGACGUCAGUGCUACUGCAGGUUGGGCUGGUACGGACCAGGGUGCAAUAAGAAAUCACCGUUCAAGUCGACCGACAUCGAUUACUCGGUGUAUAAAGCGAAAGUGCUCUCGCCGGACCUGAACGUGUACUGGCGCGUGCUGAAGGAGCAACGUGAGCUUGAGAUCGUCCUGAAGGUGAACGGUACGUCCUGGGUGGCGUUGGGUUGGCGACCUCGCAAGCUGACAGCUGAGUGCAAGAAUUUCCCGCUUAUUGGCGUCGCGGGUGGAUCAUCGUCGGAGGCCGGAAGUGCCGAACCGGAACCUGCCAGUGAGCCAACAUCCGAGCCAGAACCCAACUCGGAACCGGAACCGGGAGCGGAACCAGGCGCGGAACCGGAACCAGGAGCAGAACCAGGCGCGGAACCGGGAGCGGAACCCGGAGCGGAACCAGAACCUAAAUCGGAACCGGAACCUGCAUCGGAGCCGGGUGCGGAGCCUAAUGCUGAGCCAGAACCCAAAAGUGAACCCGAACCCGGUGCGGAGCCUACGUCGGAGCCCGCGAGUGAACCAGAGCCAGCUUCGGAACCAGAGCCAAAGAGUGAACCGGAACCAGAGCCAGGAGCGGAACCAGGUAUGUUAGAAAAACCCAAAUCGGAACCGGAACCAACUGGCGAACCAGAACCAGAAAGUGCCACAGAACCAACCCCAGAACCGAAGUCCGGAAAGCGCUCAAAACGCGCCCAAACACCCGCCGCCGAACCGGAACCGGAACCAAAAACCGAACCCACCUCAGAACCAUCUCCCGCCAAGCUGAAACCCUCCAAACCGACCCCAACGACGGCCGGCUCCAAACUUCGUCUAAACCCAUACACACCCCGUCACGACUUUAACCCAAUGGAUUGCACGGACAUCGUGAUCGGUACGGCACGCGGAGACAACCAUCGCGUUUGGGAUUACUACACCCGCGAUCGAUCGACGCCCCGGCUCGACACGUUUUGGGGUGGCAAAUCAGAUCUCACCGCAACGGGUGGAUUCGAGCGCGAUGGCGUCACAACGAUCGUGUUCCGCCGGCGGCUGGAAGCAACGGAACCAACCGAUCACACGAUCGCGGACGAUCUGAUGCACGUGAUUUGGGCGCGUGGUCAGGAACCGGGCGCGUACGUCCAUUCACCACCGUCCGGUGUCGAGAAGGAGGCGGCUUCGGUGCGCGAGUUUUACCAACCGGAUGAGCUAAAAUACCACGGGCACAGAAUGCAACGGGGAGUCACGCAGAUCAACUUCCUUGAGGACGAUCGCAAGGUCCCGCCGAUGGUUUCGUCCGAAACGCCCGCCGAUGGAGCAACGAAACCAGCCGGUGAUGGUGUGAUCGUUCCAGCGGGUCCUGUUGGCCACGAGCUGGAUAACGAUUGCCACGGGUUUUACAAAUACCCGCGCACGUGUGACCCGUCGCAGGCAAACUGCGAGUACUUCCUGAGCUGGCAGACGGUGGCACGCGGUGAAGCCGUUCAUUUCCAUCUCGAAACGAAGCACACCGGCUCCUGGACGGGUGUUGGCUUUAGCGACGAUCAGCGAAUGUCACAAACGGACGCCAUUAUUGGGUGGGUGGAUAAAAGUGGGCGCCCGUUCCUGAUGGACACGUGGAUCAAUGGGUACGCCGCGCCGAAGCUAGACGAUCGGCAGGACCUGUACAACGCGUCGGGUGCGAUACAAAACGGCCGCACGGUGUUGGAUUUCACGCGCAAACGCAUCACGGGAGAUGAGAGUGAUCUCGCGUUCGCGGAGGAUCGCUGCCUGUACCUGAUGUUCCCGAUCGAGGGUGGUGCGUUUAAUCCGGUAAAUAAGAAGCUUGGAAAGCACGCCUCCGUACCGGUGGUGACGGAUACGCGCGUGUGCAUACGAUCGUGCGCGAACGAGUUCGAGAAGUUGCUGACGGUUGCGGCAACACCUGCACCGGAGCGGAUCGCUUAUGGGGCGUCGAUUAAGCUGACGAAUCUGGCGGCAGGGUUCCAGGUGCCGGUCGAUGGUACACCGGAACACCGGGAGUUGGCACGAUCGGUGACGGACACGUUCGAUGGGGUGUUGCGUGAGGUGCCUGGCUUUUACCGGACGGAUGUGCAGGACUUUGAGAAAGAUGCCGAUGGAAGCGUGCUGGUGAAGAUGAACAUUCUGGUGGAUAAGGAGCAGAAGGAUGGCAGCAAAAACGUGCUGGCCGAUGAUCCGGCAAAGCUUGAGCUGACGUUGCAUAAUCUGAUGGUGAACAACCUGUCGUCGGGUAAAGUGGGCGCGUUCUCGGUUGAUCCGUCGUAUCUUGAGUUUACUCAACUGGAAGGCCAAGCAUCCUCACCCAAAGAGGAGUACGAUCUUCUGCCAGCCGGUGUACGAUUGUACCUCAUUCUGGCGUGCAUCGCUGGGUUGGUGUUCAUCGCGAUCGUACAAGCGACUUGCACGAUCAUCAAAACGCAACGCACGAACCGGCUAAAGGAUCAACUAAUCCCGAACUCAGCCUGGAAGGACUACUCAUCCAACACCAACUACGCGUUCGAUAACUUCGAAUCCGACUCGAAACAACACCACAAAGGCCGAUCGGUCGAUCGCGGGUACAGCAACGGCAACAGCCAGCAAACAACCCUGCAAAUGUCCCACUCGCCGAACAAAUCGCAAUACUACGAGAUCGACCGCACAGACGGCAUGCCAGCGCAGCAGCGAAACGGCAACUCCGCGUAUCCUUAUCCCUCAGGCCAACCUCGCCACGGGUACGAUCGCACCGGAGACCGUUCGACGUCCUACGCCGAACGAGCGUACUCGCUUCCACGUCCAAUGCAUCAACAACAGCACCAGCAGCAGCAGCAGCAGCAAAUGCAACAACGCCAUCACCAGGAGAUGCAAUCGCGACCAACGAACGACUACUACACGCAGGAUCGACGCAGCAAAUCGCGCAACAAUGGUAGCCAUUACGCGGGCAACGGUCAUCACCAUCAGCAGCAGGCGCAAUCCCAGCAACAGCAUCAACAGCAUCAACAGCAGCAGCACCAACAGCAACGGGCUAUGCCUGACUCGUCGGAUCUGUACUUUACGCCAACCCAGCGAAAGUACUCCGGUGAGGUCGUGCGGGUGUUUGUCGAUUACAACAAGGACAAAAAAUAAAAGGAGAGGGGAAACAAUUCUGCUCGAACAUCUGCUCGCAAAGAAAAACAAGGAAGAAAAAAACAACGGACGACCACCCCCGGGGGAUAGGAUCCUGUUACCAUUACAAGCACGGCGCUGAACAUGCAGCUUUCACAGCGAAAAGCAUCCCGGGAAACGUAACGGAAAAUACUCCAAGCGAUAUGCAGCCGCUAUCGACUGUACAUACGAUGUUUUUUAUUACACACUCUUUUUUUUUCUCGUUUGUUUGUUUUUAUUUCUAAAACCCCUCCCCACAUAGUUAGUCGCGAGUCGUGUUUUAUUUCCACUGCGAACGUGGAGAGAAAGAUAGAGCGAAGGAGCGCGUUUAUGCCAGUGUAGUUUCGUUUGAUUUUAAAAAGAUGGUCCCCCGUGUUGCAUGAAUUUCAUUAGACAGGUUCGAUGGUGUUAGAUCGGCACGCUAGUAAGUAAGACGAAAAGGGCACGACGUAGCAGGACGCAUUGACAAAUAUUUCCCACCUCAAGGGCGACAGGCAGGCAGGGGACACGUUAGGGACCCGAUUUUAGGCAAAUACCUUCGCUUAGUUAAUGCAACAAAACGCUGAAGGGCUGGCAGGGCAGACCAAACCAAUUUUUCAAAGGAAUGCCUCACGUGGAGACUUGCGGCGGGUUUGUAUGAACAAAAAACAAAAACCUGCCUUAAAACACCCAGAAACACAGCCACACAUGUAAAGGGAUAAUCCAUAUUUUAAUCGCCGCGCUCGGUAACAAUAGAGCGGCAAAUGCGCGCAUACGAAGUAACAAUAAAAAAAAACCCCCCGAAAGGCGUAC